CCGAGCCAUGAGCAGCACGGCCCCGCCACCCGCCGCCAGGAAGCUCCCGAAGCCGCAGGUGGAGCAGCGUCGCCGCGCCCGCCUCAACCACAGCCUUGAGCGGCUCCGGCUGCUGCUGCUUGCGGCCACCCGCGACCAGCGCCUCCGAAACCCCAAGGCGGAGAAGGCUGAGAUCCUACAGAAAACGGUGCAGUUCCUGCGGGCCCAGCCUCAAGCAGACCCCCUGGGGACGGAGGAGCUGUUCCUGCAGCACUACCGCAGUGGCUACCGCGAGUGUUUGGCCCGUGCCGCCCGCUUCCUGCAGGCUGCAGCUGCCUCCACUGCUGAGCCCCCUCCGACCAGGCCUGGGACCUCCAGCUCAUUGUCGCCGCCCGCCACUGACACCCUUGGACGCCGUGGACCCUCCACACCAUGGGCCCGGCCCGGUUGCCGCGGGUACGGGCCCAGCCAUCACUGCCAUGGGCCUGCUCCGAGGCCUAGC